GAGAAAGUUAUGGAGGUGGAAGCUUAAAUUAAAACUCCUGUAUUACAGUAUUGCCCGCUCAAUUCAAAUCCCAAACUUUUGAAUUUGAGUUUUAGUUAACGUUAUCGAUAAACGAAGAUCUUCAUCCACUUCUGAACUGCCACCAACAACUGACAACGUUAAAUAAAUAAAAAACAUCUUCAUCAAUUCCAUCGAACAAACAAAACCCUUUUUUUUUAUUAACUUGGAUUUUUAUUUUCAGUUCACCGGAAAAAAUGGCAAAUUCCGACUCAUUAACUCCUCCUCUUCCUUCUCCGGCGCCUCUUGCCCCUAGAAAGGAGAAUGUAACUCCCAUUGGCUCCAAGAUCGCGGAAUUAAAUGAAUCGAGAACGGAACUUUUCAAUAGAAUUCAAGGUUUAAAACAGGAUUUACAAGGUUGGAGAACAAAGCUAGACACUCAAGUCACCAUAUAUCGCGAGGAGCUAACACAAUUGAAAAAAUCAUUGAAUACGGAGGUGGAGCAACUUCGAUCAGAAUUUCAAGAGCUCAGGACGAACCUCCAGCAGCAACAAGAAGAUGUUACUGUUAGCCUAAAAAAUAUGGGGCUUCAGGAUACCACAGGAGUUGCUAAAGAGGUCCAAGAAUCUAAGGUUGAAGUGAAAAAUGAAGCACACGUUUCGACUGAGGAGGAACACGAAAAAGUAGCCGAGAACUAGGCAGUUUUUGGUCUUUCACAUUGCAGGCGUGAGUAAAACCUGCAACUGUUUAGAUAUCUAGCACGACUACAUAGGAACUCUCAUCUGAAUUCCAUACUGCUAAAUGUAUGUGUAUUAUUUAAUUUGGAAUAAUUAUCAUGAAAUUUUGAAUCUUCAACAUUA